AUGGAGAACCUAGUGUCUUCCUACCAGGCUGCAAAAGGUCGUAGUAGGAUGAUUAAGGACUUGUGGCUGGUCACAAAUCUUGCCAUUGUCACGGAGCUGUGGAAGACUCGCAACAAGGCCUACUUUGAGAAUGCUCCUAUUCAUUGGCCGGGUUUUAAAGGUCGGGUCUAUCAAUUGAUCCGUGAAAACUCAAUUAGAAUGAAGGGUCAUAUGUUCAACACUGUAGAAGAUUUUAAGAUCUUGAACUAUUUCCGGGUUCAACACAGGUCUUGCAAGGUCUCCAUCCCUCUUGAGAUUAGAUGGUCUCCUCCAAAUCCUGAUGAGAUAAUGAUUUGCUGCGACGGUGCGUCAAUGGGAAACCCAGGCCAAGCUGGUGCGGGGGUUAUGUUUCGUGAUGCUAAUUCAACGGUGCUUGGCGAUCUGUGCGUUGGGCUUGGCUGGCAAACCAACUUCUAUGCAGAGGCGUGUGCAAUCAUUUAUGCUAAGACAGAAAUGGAGAAUGGCCAAGAAGUUUUUCUCCAACUUUCGUUACAUCCAUAG